GCCGCGCACUUCCAUAUCCAACGGCCCAGAUUCCUCCACUGCUCGUGCUUAUCACUCCCCCUCUUCUCCACUGCACUGUCUCCCUCUCCUUCUUUCUUUCUGUUUCUCUCUCUAAAGAUGGCUGAAACCAUUAUCAUUCGUACUCGCUAUGUACUCCUACACCGAUCUCUAGCUCUCUGAGUAAAUUCCAACCCACGAGUACAGAAUCUUUCUACUUCAACUCAAACCCAAAACUGUCUGUUUUUUGUUUUUAGUAUCUGCAAAAUCUUGACCCAUGGGUUUGUGAUUCUAAGCACAAAUAUUAACUUUUUUCGAAUCUUUAGCGAGAAACCCAUUUGGGUUUCAACAAUAUUGAGCUGAUUCUGUGCUCGAAGGCUCAAUCUUUAAGCAGCUUCAGACCCUAUCUUUCUCGUAUGUGACGUGACGGUCACCGAUACUUAUUCCAAGAUGGCGCCCGAUGUUUCAGUGCGAUCGGUGCUUAAAAACACGGAUUUCGGCGAAGAUUUGGGGGUGUUGAUUAGGGAGCAGAGGCGGCAACAGGAGGAGCUGAGUGACAGAGAGAAAGAACUUAGUAUGUACCGAAGUGGGUCGGCGCCGCCGACCGUGGAGGGCUCGCUGAGCGCAGUGGGGGGCUUGUUCGAUGCCUCGGCGCUAAUGGGUUUCACGAAAAACGGCGGGAAAGGGCUGGUGAGCGAGGAUGAGCUUCGGGCUGACCCUGCCUACGUGAGUUAUUACUAUUCGAAUGUGAAUCUGAACCCGCGGCUGCCUCCGCCGCUUUUGUCAAAGGAGGAGAGGCGGUUUGCGCAGAGGUUGAGUGGCGGUGCGGUGGGAGGGAUUGGUGAUAGGAGGAAAGUGAGUAGAGGUGGUGAAGAGGGUGGGAAUGGAAAUGGAAAUGGGAAUCAAUCGCUUUUCUCGGUUCAGCCGGGGUAUAAGGAGGAGAACGGGAAGAGUGCAGCGGAGUGGGGAGGCGAUGGGUUGAUUGGCUUGACGGGGCUGGGGCUCGGAAGUCGGCAAAAGAGUAUUGCUGAGAUCAUUCAGGAGGAUAUACAUGUAUCAUCUGUCUCAAGGCACCCAUCUCGCCCUGCUAGCCGAAAUGCAUUUGAUAACAGUGUUGAAACUUCAGAGCCCCAGUUUGCUCAUCUGCACCAUGAAGUGACAUCUAUGGAUACUUUGCAUUCUGAUGGACAUAAGCAGGGUAUUUCUGCUAACCAAAACAUUGGUGCAUCAGCUUCUCAUACUUAUGCUUCUGCUUUAGGUGCCUCCUUGUCGAGGAGCAGCACACCUGACCCUCAACUCGUGGCCAGGGCACCUAGUCCUCGCAUUCCACCUGUUGGAGGAGGUCGGGUUAGCUCAAUGGAUAAAAGAAGUGUUGGUGGAUCAAACUCAUUCAAUGGCAUGUCACCUAGUUUGAGUGAGUCUCCUGAUCUGGUUGCUGCUUUGUCUGGCAUGAACCUUUCAACAAAUGGUUUGGAAGACAAAGAUAGCCAUCCAAGGUCACAAGUGCGACAUCAAACUGAUGAUCAUCAUGACCUAUUCAACUUGCAGGGUGAGCAGAAUCAUAUGAAACAACAUCCAUACUUAAAUAAGUCUGAAUCUGGGCAUUUUCAUUCCCAUUACGGCCCCCAAUCAGCUAAAGGAUCGUACCCAAACAUAGGUAAUAGCAGUGGUGUUGGGAUGGAUCUGAACAAUUCUUUGUUAAAAGCUGAUGAGAAAAUAGAAUUUCAUAAACCUGCUGUAUCAUCUGCUAACUCUUACUUGAAAGGACAAUCUACACCAACUUUUAAUGGCCGAGGAAGUUCACCUUCUCACUAUCAGAAUUUGGAUGGUAUGAACUCUGCACUUCAAAACUAUGGCUUGAAUGGGUAUACCAUUAAUCCUUCAUCGCCUUCCAUGAUGGGUAGCCAGCUUGGGAGUGCUAAUUUGCCACCCUUCUUUGAAAAUGCUGCUGCUGCAUCUGCAUUUGGUGUUAGUGGCAUGGACUCGAGAGUUCUAGGAGGAGGCUUGUCUUUAGGACCAAAUAUGAUGGCAGCAGGAGCAGAUCUGCAGAAUCUUAGCAGAAUGAGAAAUCAUACUGCAGGAAAUACUCUUCAGUUGCCAAUGAUGGACCCAUUGUAUCUUCAGUACUUGAGAUCAAAUGAGUAUGCUGCUGCACAGGCUGCUUCCCUCAAUGACACAUCAAUGGAUAGGGAUUGUAUGGGUAAUUCGUACUUGGAUUUACUUGAGCUCCAGAAAGCUUAUCUGGGGGUGUUGCUUUCACCUCAAAAGUCACAGUUAGGUGUUCCAUACCUUGGUAAAUCUGCUAGCUUGAAUCAUGGUUAUUACGGAAAUCCAGCCUUAGGUCUUGGCAUGUCAUAUCCUGGAAGCCCAUUGGGUGGUCCCCUUCUACCUAACUCCCCUGUAGGAUCAGGUAGUCCUGUCCGGCAUGGUGAGCGAAACAUGCGUUUUUCUGGGAUGAGGAAUUUAGCUGGGGGUGUCAUGGGAGCUUGGCAUUCAGAAGCUGGUAGUAACUUGGAUGAAACUUUUGCAUCCACUUUACUAGAUGAGUUUAAGAGCAAUAAAACUAAAUGUUUUGAACUUUCAGAAAUUGGGGGCCAUGUUGUUGAGUUCAGUGCUGAUCAGUACGGGAGUCGAUUUAUUCAACAGAAACUUGAGACUGCCACAGCGGAAGAGAAAAACAUGGUUUUUGAUGAAAUUAUGCCCCAGGCACUUUCGCUAAUGACCGAUGUAUUUGGUAAUUAUGUGAUUCAAAAGUUUUUUGAACAUGGAACUGCGUCCCAAAUAAGAGAACUGGCUGACCAGCUCAAUGGUCACGUGCUGACCCUAAGCCUUCAAAUGUAUGGCUGUCGAGUUAUCCAGAAGGCUAUAGAAGUUGUUGAUCUGGACCAGCAGACUAAAAUGGUGAAGGAGUUGGAUGGUCAUAUUAUGCGUUGUGUUCGUGAUCAAAAUGGGAACCAUGUGAUCCAGAAGUGUAUUGAAUGUGUACCUGAAGAUGCCAUCCAGUUUAUUGUUACAACAUUUUAUGAUCAAGUUGUGACGCUGUCCUCUCAUCCAUAUGGUUGUCGUGUCAUACAGAGAAUCCUGGAGCACUGCGAUGACCCUAAGACACAGCAAAUAAUGAUGGAUGAGAUUUUGCAGUCUGUGUGCAUGUUGGCACAAGACCAGUACGGGAAUUAUGUUGUACAGCAUGUGCUGGAGCAUGGAAAGCCACAUGAACGUUCAGCCAUAAUAACUAAAUUAACUGGUCAGAUAGUUCAAAUGAGCCAGCAGAAGUUUGCCUCCAAUGUUAUAGAAAAAUGUUUAAGUUUUGGAACUCCAACAGAACGCCAGGCCCUGGUUAAUGAGAUGCUUGGUUCCACUGAUGAAAAUGAACCCCUUCAGGCGAUGAUGAAAGAUCAGUUUGCAAACUAUGUUGUACAGAAAGUGUUGGAAACUUGUGAUGACCAGCAACUUGAACUUAUACUUAACCGAAUAAAGGUUCAUCUGAAUGCUCUGAAGAAGUAUACAUAUGGGAAGCAUAUAGUUGCACGUGUAGAGAAACUUGUUGCUGCUGGAGAGAGGAGGAUUAGCAUUAUGAAUCCGCAACCUGCUUCGAUGGCAUAGGAAACGAAGUUCUUGUACAGCUAACUGAGGAUAGUAUGAGCACCCCGUCUUUUUCUUCUGUUUCUCUUGUCUACUAGUGGCUCAUUCUAUCUAUUCAGAUAGAAUAGGAGCUGAUUGAAAAUAAAAAUUGGUGCUUGUACUUGAAACUGUACAUUGUUAGUUUGAGGAUAUACCUAGAAACAGGCUAGUGAGGCUCAGAUGGUGAACAGACCUGACGCCCCUUAAGAGGAGAUAAAAAAUUAGUGCACGAGUUUUAAUGGUGUAAAAAGGGAGGAGGUAGUGAUUUGUAAUCGUGACUGUACAAAAUGUUACCUGGUGGAGAGAGCCUUUUGUGUUUAUUAGGAGAGUCCAGAAAUUUUCCUAUGUAUGGAAUUUGAUUAUUUUCUUUUAUUUAAAGAACUUUUUCCCCACUCGUA